CACAUGACUUGUGUUUAUGUUUGACAAUUCUUGCAUACAGUCUACGUCUAACUCUAAGGAGAUCAUUAGUAGAGUCUAGACUAGAUCUAGAUCUUCAGCUUAAGUACUUAGCUUCUAGAUCUAGUCAAGGACAAAUAGAUAUAUGUUAUUUACAGUAUUUUGAUUUUAAUGUGUGAUGGACCGUUCAUACAAAACUGUCGUUCAAGGAGAAGCUUCUGAAUCAGAAGAUGAUGUUUCCGAUGAUGAACCAAAGGCUAUUGUUGUGGCUGGAGAAGCAUCUGAGUCAGAUGAAGAGGAAAUAGAUACCAGUUUGCAUCAGUACAAAAAGGAACUUCCUCCUUUAAAAGUCAUUGAACAUUCUGUGUCCUAUGAAUCUGUUGAUGAUGUCGCAGGUUUAUCUAUCAAGCAGUCUGGGAAACCAAAAUAUGAUACAAUAUUAAACAAGAGAUUAUGGGAGAGUAAUCUAUCCUUGUACAAUAAUCUAAAUGGACUUGUCAGUCAUACUUAUAUGUCUGCUGCUAAAGAUAUCAACAACUGUGGACAGAUGCUUACAAAAUCUCACGCUCAAAUCCAGGAUGUUUCCCAUCACAUGAGAUUAAUGACUAAUGAUUUAUUCAACUUGCAAGAUGCCAUUGACAUCAUAACAACGUGUACAAUUUUGCCAAACCUAAAAAUUCCUGACAAGACUCCGACAGCUAGUGCCAAGUCCGAGCCCAGUCCACAUUUGGAUAAUCCAGUGACCACAUCAUCAUCAUCAUUAACCUUAGCCCAAGAACCGCAACCAUAAUCGUUGUGGUGUUUGUUGAGAUUGUAUUUAAGUUUCCAACCCGUCUUUCAUUUAAGUGGAAAUAAAAAGAGGAAGAAUGAACAGCACCAUGUAUGCUACAUUCUAUUUGUUUUACAAAGUGUUCUAAUGAAACAAUUGUAUAAAUGUACAAGACUGUAAAGUCUUGGACAGUAAGAUUGCAAUGUUUGCAUCCGCCUGCUUGUUGAGAUUUUUUUUUUAGUAUAUUGUAUUGUUCAUUAACUUUACAAUAACUUUUAGUAUAUUGUAUUGUUCAUCAAUUAAUAUCUUAGUAUUUUCCAAUUCUUGUUGUGUAUUAAUGUAACAAUGUUGUAUGCAUGGUGUUGUUAUACAUCAGAUGGUUAUUGAAUUAUAUGUUGAUGUGAUGAUAUUUCUAUACAUUUGUUAUAAAAAUCUACUAUUUAGUUGUGAUAGAAUUACUUAUCUUGGACCCGUUUAUUGGAAAUAUAAAAUGUGUUAAUUUUGAAAGUUUUCAUUUUCUUGAAAGAUUUAUUCAUUUAAAUUUCAAGAACUUUCUCUGACCACCAUUUAGACAUGUUAAAAAUUGGUUUGCAAACAUUUGUUGGUUACAAGCUGUGAGGUAUGCGUUCUAUACUGUUAUUUGGUGGUAUUGAAAGUCCAGGGUUUAGAGCCCUGUCUGCUGCCUUUCCCUGUCCUGUGGGAAUAUUGGGCUAGGAUGUAAUUAUCUGAAGGAACAUCAGAAAUAUGUACAACAUUUUACUUUAAGGUGUCAGUAUAUUAUGAUUGAUUGAUUUAUAGGUUUCUAAUAUGCCCUGACUUCCUGCAGACGGGAUAGAAGCAGGCAGGGCUGGAACUGGGGCCAUAGUAACAACAGUCCAAAGUGCAUACUAUACAACCAGGCAGCAAGUGAGGUUUUUUACUAAGUCUAUUCCAUGAUUUUAACAAAAUUAAGAUACUUUCUUUACAUCUUUUAAAAAAUAUUAGACUUUACUAUGAUUACAAAUGGUCUUUUCCAUAAGUUCUUUAAGAUGUUUAUGACCAGUUUCAUUAGGGAAGGGAAUUGAAAUAUCAUUACAGUAAAAUAUCUAUUUCACUAAGGUCUUGCGAUCCCAGGCCAUCAUUAAUAAAAAUAUGGGCAGCCCUCGACAAACAAGGUAUAGCAAUUGAAAUAUAAUGAUGAAGAUGGUAUUAGCUUUAAAAGCAUUGAAACACACAUCUCUCAGUAGCACAUUUUUAGCCGACUCAUUUCAGAGAUACUGUAUCCUUUAAACAUAAGAUAAAAUGGCUGUCAGUACCCCUAAAGUAAAAUAUCUAAUGAGUGUCAUGUUGUGUAUCGAGGUUGCCACAAAUAUUGACAGAAAGUCUUUUUAGAAGCUUUGAGUUUCUACUUUUAAUUUUUAAGUUUGGGGAAACCUAUAAAUAGAAGAGAUUAGCUUAAACCAGGCUAAAAAAAUUUCAAGCUUCAUGUCAAGUCUACUUUUGUGAAUCUAGUAUAGAAUUUGAAACUGUAUUACUGCUUGAUAUAUAGUGUGUGUUCAAUCUUUUCAUUUUUACUUGAAGGAUUAAAUCAUUUUAUUUCACAAAGAGAAA